GAGCGAGGGAGCAGCAGAAGCAGGCGACCCACGCUGAGUGUGAGAGUCUUGCUGACACCACAACGUUAGUGUAAACCUUCGCUCAGACACAUUCAAGAUACAUUUGGAUUAUUACAUCUUUCUUCAUUCACCAGUCCAGAUACAUCAGUGUUAGUCCUCUGUAAGCAGCCACUGGAGAGAGCCAGGAAGUAAGCGCUGACGGUUUUGGUGCAGAAGGGCGCAGCGGGGGGGGCAGAGAGGCGAGCGCAUGAGGAGAGGGUGUCCCGAGACCCCCGUCUCCACACACCGCGCUCACUCACACAAGUUCACGGACAUACACCGCCUAGCAACCCUCCAGCCACCAUGAGAUCCAUUCGGUCAUUCGGGAACGAUGACCGUCACGUCAUGGCGAAGCACUCCACCAUCUACCCAUCCUCCGAGGAGCUGGAGGCGGUACAGAGUCUCGUCUCCACCGUGGAGUGUGCCCUCAAACAUGUAUCCGAUUGGAUAGACCAAGCUCAAACCAGCCAAUCAAAUGCAUCCAGCACACAGGAGGAGGAGACGGAGACCAGCGCGGAUGAAUCACCAGAAGGCAGCACAAAUGAGAGCAGCAGCUGUAGCAGUGGUCCUGCUGGUGGCGGUGGCGGUGGAGGGGUUUUGUGUGGCGUGAUGAGGAUCGGUCUGGUGGCCAAAGGCCUGUUGAUUAAAGGUGACAUGGACCUGGAGCUAGUGCUCAUGUGCAGAGAGAAACCCACCAAAACACUUCUGAGCACAGUCUGUGAUAACCUGCCCUUGCAGAUACAGAAGCGAACAGAGGAUAAGUAUGAGGUGCAGAGCUGUAUUCCCGAGGCCGCCAUCCUAGUGUGCACUAUGACAGAACCCAAACUCACCCUGAAGAUCACGCUCACCUCCCCAGAGAUGAGAGACGACUGCGAGACAGGGGAGCAAGAGAGCGUUGAGUCGAGCGAGCCGGUGGACCUGUUGGAUAGACAGAGGUGCCUGGUGGCGUUGGCCUCUCUGCGACAUGCCAAAUGGUUCCAGGCUAGAGUUAACUGCCUAAAGUCGUGUGUGAUCGUCUUGCGAAUACUGAGAGACAUGUGCAAUAGACUCCCGGCAUGGGAACCACUGAAAGGAUGGCCUUUGGAGUUAAUAUGUGAAAAGGCCAUCGCCACAUGUAACAGACCUCUGGGGGCAGGAGAAGCAUUGCGUCGCAUCAUGGAGUGCCUCGCCUCAGGCAUACUGCUGCCAGGUGGACCAGGCCUGCAUGAUCCCUGUGAGAAGGAGCCCACUAACACGCUGUCAGCCAUGACAGAUGAGGAGGCGGAGGCCAUCACAUACAGUGCACAGCAUUAUCUGCGGCUCAUGGCAUUUGGGCAGAUCAAUAAGGUGUUAGAAAUGGACCCUCUCCCUUCAAGUAAACCCUCACAGAAAUACCCCUGGUCAGACAGAGAAGGGCUAAAGAGACCUUAUGAAGACGGUCUGCUGGAUGACAAAGAUCUCAUCAAGAAGAUGAAACGCAACCUGAGAAAAGCAGUUCUUGACAGUAAAGCAAUAGACUCAAACCAACCCAUGAACGCUCUCAUGCGCUUGAACCAGAUCCGGCCGGGACUGCAGUAUAAACUGCUGUCUCAGUCUGGUCCGGUUCACGCCCCCGUCUUCACCAUGUCUGUAGACGUCGACGGCACUAUUUACGAAGCCUCCGGCUCCUCGAAGAAGACAGCCAAGUUGCAUGUGGCUGUAAAGGUGCUGCAGGCAAUGGGUUACCCCACAGGCUUCGACACUGACCUAGACUCCAUGAGUGCAGACGAGAAGUCAGAUGGGGAGGGCAAGAGCGAGACGUCCACACACUUAAGCAAUAAUACAUUACACUCCUCAGACAACUCCAACACGCUGGAGGUGCGAACUCAGGGUCCUAUUUUGACGGCCAGUGGGAAGAACCCGGUAAUGGAGCUCAAUGAGAAACGUCGAGGCCUGAAGUACGAGCUCAUCUCCGAGAGUGGAGGAAGUCACGACAAACGCUUCGUCAUGGAGGUGGAAGUGGACGGGCAGAAGUUUCGUGGUGCAGGACCCAAUAAGAAAGUAGCCAAAGCCAGUGCUGCCCUCGCGGCUCUUGAGAAACUGUUCUCUGGGCCCAAUGCAGCUGGCAACAAGAAGAAAAAAAUAAUCCCUCAGACUAAAGGGGCAUUAGCUGCAGCCGCUGCUGUGUCUGCCGCCACGGUCCAGGCGGCGCGGGGAAGAGGAAGACCUACCCUCACACGAGGAGCUUUCGUCAGCGCUGCCGCAGCACCAGGAUAUGUCACACCAGGCUUUGGAACCCCCUACGGGUACAGCACAGCAGCCGCCACUCCUGCAUACGGUGGUCUUUUCAUUGACAAUCCCUUUUACCAGCCGCGGACCAUCGCUCCUUUUUUUAUUCACUUGGGUCCUCAAGAUCUCUUCUCAGACUUCUAGAACCAUCAGGUUGUGUGGCUCUAAACUGUCGUACCACUCCAGGCUUGACCAGGCUGUCUCCGCCGCACAGAAACGCCCAAACUUCAUACUUUCUCCACCCAAACCCAUCCAUACCCUAUCUAUGGAUCCAAAAACGCACCAGUCUUACAAAAGCAAUACUCGAUUACACUUGCUCCUCCCGAAAACCUGCUGGGGACCUUGGUUCUUUCUUAUAUAGCAAUACACUUAAACUUCUUUGGGCUUUAAGCUUACUUUAGAUGAUGUGAAUGUUCAGUCGAGUCUUACUCAAUCUUAGCUUUGCAAUAUAGUCAUUUUUAUUGUAUAUUCACCACGUGUAAAUGUGGCUAUAUUAUAAAUAUAUGCAUAUAUAUGUAUGGUCUAUGGCACUAUAAAUAUAUAUGUGUAGAUAUACCCAUGUACUUAUGUAUAUUUAUAUGCAUUUUAUAUAUAUAUAUAUAUAUAUAUAUAUAUAUAUAUAUAUAUACACACACACACACAUAUUCUUGGUAUUAAUUAUUUUAGAAUUGGAAAGUGAUAUUUAGCCAUUAUACUAGGAUGUAGCUUUCUUCCAAUUAUUUAUAUAUAUAUAUAUAUAUAUAUGCUAAGCAAUUUAAGCUUGUAUUCUCUGUAAACAUGCAAUAUGAAAGCUCUUUUCUUAAUCUACCUGUAGUAGAUUAGCAAUGCUUCCUUCUCUGCACCUUGAGCAGCUUUAUCAUGUCUUUUCACUAGAUCUGUGCGAGUGCGUGUUUUUGUGUGCGCACAUGCUCAGUCGACCAAAGUCUGGCAUUCUGGUUAGUUUAAGAGGUCGUCCUCCAAAUAUCUGGCCAUUUCACCUGUCCAUCACACACACACACACACACACACAGGCAAUGUGUGAACUAUUAAAGGAUUAUUAAUUAAAAUUAAAGGGGUUUCUGUAGGGUUCAAUCUGUUGAGAUUAAGCAGUUUGUCCAAGAAUCUUAAAUUCUGUCUAAACAAAGUUUGUUGUAUAUAAAUCAAUUAAAAAUUUAGAAAUAAAGACUUACCUGUUUGUUUUGUCGAUAUAUCGUUUAAUACUGAUCUGGAAACCGUGUGAGCAGUGCGCUGUUGUUAUAGGAAACCUCCUCAGGUGAACAAGAUAUCUGUUAAUGAGUGUGUAAUUAUUUGAUGUUAUAACACUCAGUUAUCCCAUGUUAUAUAGAGAGAUACCUACAGUAUAAGUAAGCCAUCUGUAGGUUGAGUACCCUGAAAAGUAAAACUGUAGCAUUUCUUCAUUUGUCCAACAAAUGGCAGCCAGUUGAAACUGUUUGGAGUUAUAUUUGGUGUCACUAGAGGUGCUUUAAUUACACACUUCACCUUUAAGACCCCUCUAACCUUUUGUUUAGACUUCCUAUAAUUCCUAUAACUAAUAUGAUUCACACCUUGCACACUGGUUUUUCUAAAGCACAUCCAGCUGCAGAUCUGUUUACAUUCUCUCACUGUUGACUGAGGUGCAUUCUCAUACAGACAAUCACUAACAUGUUUGUGUGUGAGCAGGUCUGACGGGCAGCUAGCGUGACCCAGACAACUUUUCCUUGUCAAAAGCACAGGUGACUCUCCUUAAUAUGCCAUUGAUGGUCCUUCACUUGCCUUCCCAGUCAUUGUUUCAUUUCUACUUCUCAGGCCUGUUUCACACAGUAUGCAUAUGCAGGGCAUAUUUAUUUUGUUGUCCAUAGUAACAGGCUACAGCAUUCAUACCGACCACGUAAAGCUGGAAACAUUGCGAGUAUGCCAAUGCAAACGCUUUGUCAACACAUUGCAAGCAUACUCAAGUACUGUCAUUUAAGCGGAUAUUAUUAUUUUGGUAGCCAGCUAUUAACAUGUGACUUUAACUUGCUCUGCAAGACUCUUUAAACUGUUGCUCUGCUAUGACAGUAGUUGGCCUGAAAGAGAAAAUUGACUAGAAGACAUUUAGCUGUUGUCCGCUAUAACGCCACUUGUGUUAAGAAUGCAACACAUACUUGUGUUGCUUAUGAUAUGCGGUCUGUCAUAUUUCAGAACAUAACUUAAAAAUUUGCUUGCGUAGUUAGGAACAUUUGUGUUCCAGUACUUGUGUAUAUUAUGUUUCGGGCUGAAGCAGCACAACGCUGCUUAGCAGAAGUGUAGCUGCAUGUAGAGUUUAAGCACUCAACCUCACCAGAAAAUGUUUUUUUUUUUUUUGUUUUAAUGAGUCAAUAUAAAAUAAUGGAGCAAACCAUUCGUUAUUUGAAAAAAGACAGUAUGUCAGGCUUAAUGCAAGUUAUAUGAAGUGACAGGCAUACAAACACUCUUUCUAUUCAGUAAAUAUAACUGAAUCCAGAAAAUUAAGCAGUGUAUAUCUGAACUUUUGGGUUUGGAUUUCGUUCCACAUAAAUUAAUUACUAUUUGGAUGUAAAUGCUAUCCACUUCCUCAUAUAAAUAAAUGUUCAUAUCGAUCAGUUUUUAAUAAUCUCAAUGUUUAACCCUAUUCUGAUAACCUUAUUAUAAUUUAUGGCAGUUGUCAAAGGAAAUACAAACUAUGGUAACCCAGAAAUCGCUUCAUUUUCUGCAUAAAUCCACAGUUUAAAAAAUCCUGUCGGUGUGAAAGCUCAAUGCGAGCCUGCUAUUGCAGUUGUGCCGCAGCACCGCUUACGCUUGUGGUGUGAAACAGGCCUCACUGUAAUGCAGCAGUGAGCGGUCGCUUUUUACUUUUGCGUUUUUCUUCACACAACUCUAGGCUAACUAAUUUAUAACAGCACUCAAAAGACUCCCAGAUCUCAACCACAGAGCACAUUAAUGGGAAAAAGCUUGAUGAUAUUAUAUUAUGUGUGCUAUAUAUGGAAAUGAAGCUAUCAUGAACCAUCCUACCAUAAGGAUUACCAUAUUCUGAAUACUUGAGAAAAGAAAGUACUUGUUAUUUAAAAAAUUUCUGUGACUUGUUAGUUUCACAUGUAUAAGAGUAGAUAAAUCAGCCAAUAUUACUUGUAUUGAUGUUUGUAUGCCAAAACAUUUUUGAUAUUUGAUUGUGUAUACAGUAAACACAAUGUUUAAAUUUCUCACCAAAAAUAUUGUCUAGGCCAAACUUUUGUGGAUGUCACAGAAAGAGGGCACAGCUGACCUACUUUAAUGCCCAGCUCACAUAGAUAUUGAAUGUGUUGCCUUCUAUAAAUCUCCCCAUGUAUUUAGUAAUAUUUAAGCUGUUGUGUUUGAAUGUGAAAUAUUGUAGCUCUCAAAUAGGAAAAGAUGGGAUGUAAUCACAGUAAUACUAACAGAAUAGUACUAGUUUUAUAGUAAUAGUACAUAGUUCAGUAAUAGCAAUAGAACAUGCAUCUCACUAUGAUAGUAAAAAUUUUAAUAUCCUUGUUUGUCAUAAUGUAUGUUUGUGUUUUUUUUCUCAUUUAAAAGUGAAAAUGUUUUGAAAACAUUUUUUGUCCCCCAACCAGAUACGACUUCGGUCAGUUUUGAAUUAGUGAUGGUAAGUCUUGAAUGGGUAAGUUUUGUGUGAAAAUGGAAUGGAGAUUUGAGAGAAAAGCGCAUCAGAAACACCCUGCAAAUGACAAAACAUAAGUUGGCCUUUAAUUUAUUUUAGCUUUACGAAUGCUCGUCAAACACACAAGCCCCUUUUCCUUUGUCACACCAGCACUCCUCAGUUCAAACAACUGACAAUUGGAGGUCAAGGCUAAAAGCUACCCUAGUCAAUGCAACAGUUAAUGUUUUCAAUGUUAUAUUGAGUUAUUAAAACAGAGUGCUAACAAAGUGUAGCAGUGAAUGUUUACAUUUUUGUUUCAUCUUCAUUUGAAGUCUUCCAGGUUAUUUAGUGUUUCGUCAAAUCAGUUUGUGGAACGUGGAUCUCACUGACAGUUUUUAAAGUGAAAAUGAAAUCAAAAUGGGCCCUAUUCAUAUGUUUCUGAUUGUAUUGUCAAUGAUUCAUCAGAGCAUGCUAGAAAAUAAUUGUUAAUAAUCUUCAAAAAUGUUCUUAAUAAAAGAAUAAGACUUUCCUUAUUUUUCAACCCCACUCUAACCAUGCCCACUUUUCACUAUUCAGUCAAUUACCAGUGGCUAAAAUGUUUUCAUUAAAUAUCUGUUGUCACAUUAUGGACAUAAAAUUGGAUGUAAAUGUUGUUUCAUAUUGACUUUUAACCAAGAUUAUCACAAAUGUUUUCCAAUACUCACAAAUGUGCUUUAAAAUAAUACGUAUUUCAAAGCAAAGCCUCUAAUACUGUAGUCAACAAAAAUAUUACAGGGAUGCUUCAUUAACCCAAAAAUAUUAAUCCAGCGUAAAAGUUAUAUAGCCUGUCUUUAUAAAAUACCAGCUGUGGCAUUGUUGCUACAAUGCUUUUCAAGCCUCAAAAUCUUCUCCCGAAGUGCAUAUCUCUCUUAUUUGUGCGAGCCUGCUUCCCCAGGUGGCACUGACAGCCAUAUGGUCUAUAUGUUGUGAGGAGUCAUAUUUUAGUUGAGUUUAUGUUUUAAUUCUGCUUAUCAAAGAAGAGGGGAGUUCAUCAGCUGUGUUUUGGAUUGCGGUGGGGAGGAUCUCCUGUGAAAUUAAGUGUGGAGGUAACGUUUGAAAUGAAAUUGCAAUAAAAGACCCAGCAAGGCUCUAGAUACCAGAGAGAAAAUCAAGCUCAGUGCAAUCUGAUUUUGUAUGAGCCAUCAAAAGUUUGUGAUUUAUUUUGACCCUUUGGGUCUUCCAUAUGAUUUGCGAUUAGCUGUACUCUGGUCGAAGCCAAAUGCAUCUUUACGGAUGCAGCAUGCAAACUUGCCACAUGCUCUAGUGGCAUUAAGCUACAUGCCAGUCCACAUCAAUCAGAUUUAUAAUAAGAAUGCCAGGUUGUACUGUGGACAUAUAAAGGUAUGGUACUCACCUGAGGGAUGCAGGUUUGCGUCCUAAGUGUCUUCACUGUCUCUGUCCAAUAAAGUAGUAAAAGAAUACUUUAAAUAUAAAGAAUUUCAGGAUUGAAGUUACUAGACACUAAAUGGUUGCCUCUGACCGAUCCAGUACCAUUUCAAUUAUUUUCUCCAACUACAAUAUUUAGGACCAGUUAUUAUUAAUUUCCUAUUAUAGAAGAUAUAUUAGCAGGUUACAUUCUCUAGGCCAAAUAAUUCAUUUGGUACAGUGGCCCCCCAAAAGAUUCAGACACUUUAAAACCUAACAAACUUGAAAUGUUUCACUUGAAAAGUGUUUGUGCUUAAAGAAAAUUCUGGGCUUAAUACAUAUCAAUACAGGUUACAGUAAGGCACUUACAAUGAAGGCGAAAGGGGCGUAUUUUUGGAGGGUUUAAAGGCGGAAAUGUGAAGCUUAAAAUUUUAUAAAAAACACUUACAUUUAUUUUUCUGUGAAAACUUGUCUACUAUUAAAGCUGUAAAGGUGUUUAAAUCAUAGUUUUCAUUGUAGUUUUAGGUUUAUGGUGUUACAUCGUCAUUGCAACGAAGUUCUAAAAUUGAAUAUAACUUUACACUGAAAAGUUUAGUAAGUGAUUUUCUCACACUAAAAGCAUGUUGUUCACAUCUUGUGGCUAUACUUUUGAAACAGUGAGUACUGUAAUGUUUACGGAUUGACCCCAUUCACUUCCAAUGUAAGUGCUUCACUGUAACCCUGAUUUUUAGCUUUUUUCUAAAGAAAAGGAGGGACGAGUCGAAAUGAUAGUACUAAUUUUUGUACAUGUCAACUGUCACAAAUGCUGUCGAUUCAGCUUAACUUGUAUUGAGCCCGGAAUAUUUCUUUAAAAUAAAUUACACUUGGUAUGAUAUUUUGUUUCAUAAUGCAGAAAAAAAAAUCAUUAUUUUUUUAAGUGUGACUUUCUAAUACAGAUGCUGGAAAAACAAGCCUUUAUAAUAUUGGUGCUUUAUCAAUAUGAGCAGACUUCAUUGAUUUUGAUAACUCCACAUUGAGAAGAACUUAAAUGAAUUUAGUGGUGAAGCAAUUGUCCUGUUGAGACGGAAAGGGACUUGUGUGUGGGACCGGAGUCGAGAAAAGCUGGAAAUUCAAUUUGCGAGCUUGUGAUCUAAGUGCAGAAAUAAAGAUCCAGUUUCAGCUUGAGGAAGCUUUGCUAAAUGAAUUGCUGAAGUGAAUAUUUUCUCCAUGUCUCCGAUCUCUCCCUGCAUAUAGCUGGGGUUGUUGGGGACGGGCUUCAUUUAUGCUGGUUCACACGCGAUCAGGGAUCCUCAAGUUCCCAUAGACUGAACCAGCAAUAGAGCCAUUUUUAGGUUUGGAAUGUAUUCCAUACUAGAAUGUACUAUCAUAGAAGAGCUAACUGCAUCAUUGUGAGCACAUACAAAUGUACUGAUAUGAAUUAUUUAUAUAAUUGUGAUUGAGUAUAUUUAUUUUGGGGGGGGGGGAGGUGCUUCUGUCCAUGUGUUUGUUUAUUUCUUUCUCAUAUUUAUACCUUUUAUGAGCAUGGCAAAUACUUGUUUGCUCUUCCAUAAUUCUGUAAAUACACUUUCCUGAGUCAGACUGCAGGUGAAAGCAGUCUGUGGGAUUCUCAGUUACCCAUAUCUCCACUUUUAUGGUUCUUGAUGAGUUAUAUAAACAAAAACAUUAUCUAGAUUGAGACAUUAUCAAGGGAAAUACUAUAAUGUGAAGUGGUGACUGUGCACAACUUCUGUGAGUGAGCAGUGCUUGAACAUGACAGCAGAUGUUUGCUAGCCGUGGUGUCAAAUAGCGAUCUAUUAGUUGUGAAAAUGCUGUAGUAGUUUGUCUGUCACUUUAUUGCCAUAAUUUAUGCUUUCUAAAUAAAGUGCUAAAUCUCUGUAAAGUGUAAACCUUUUUUAAUAAAUAAAUAUAUAUAUAAGGAUGUUAAACAAUUUCUGAUGUGUAUUUUG